UAUCGCACAAGCUAUUUUGCAUCAGUCAUAUCUCUACUCAAAACCUUUCAUUUGCUUCUUUUUUAUCUCCAAUGGAUGGAGAUGAUCAAAAGGAGUUGCAGCUCCUCCCUUCUCCUCACUUGAUGACAUCUCGGCCGUCGGGUUCUUCGGUAAGAUAUCAUCGAUCAAAGUCAGCCGUGCAGGAAGGGCCUAAUAAUUCCCAGCUUGACCUACAAUUAUCAAUCAGUGUAAGGCCAGCCAAACCUUCUUCCUCGGAUCAUUACGUCUUCGGAAAUCCAAACACUUCCGAGUUUGAUGCCUUGAAUCCCAAGGCAGCCGGCCGCGUGGAGUCUUUGAAAUGGCAGGCGGCGGAGCAAAUCAGACUGGCGGCAAUGGAGAAGGCCUACGCGGAGCGAGUGAGGGAGCUGACGAGGAGAGAGAUGGAGUUGGCUCAGUCGGAGUUUGCGCGUGCCCGGCACGUGUGGGAGAGAGCGAGAGAGGAAGUGGAGAAGGCUGAGAGAAUGAAGGAGAAGGCAAUGCUUCAGAUGGACUCUACGUGCAUGGAGAUCACUUGCCAGUCGUGCCGGCAAAGGUUUAGGCCGUAAAAAAGAAAGGGUCAGUUUGGUUCGCUGAUUCAAGACGAGAGAUCGAGAGAAGAAGAUUUUUGUGUAUUUCUUUCCUGAUUGAGUAUUGGAUUUUGUGGAAUGUUUCUUUGGAGAAAACACAAGGAAAAUAAUUACAAAUUGAUGAAUACAAUAAAAGUGUAACAUGAUGAGAUUUGAACUAUGUUCAUUUUUUGUGAUGAAGGUGUUAUGUUUAAUUUGUAAAAUUUAGAGUUGAACCAGCCUA